AGUUUUUGUACCAUCCUGAUUGGGUGCUCUUCGUCCAGCUUGUGACGUCAGGAACCAUGGUAGCCCACCAAAAGCGUUGUCGCACAAAGGCCAGGGUCCAAAGGGAGCCCGGGUUGGGGACAAGCUUGGAGGAGUGGUAGCAGUUCUUCACCGUGAUGUCGUUGAGACCACGGUCGUCGAUGCACGUCCUUCUGUCUCCCCCGCCGGUGCAGGGUUCUUCUUUGUGGAGAGGGAGGCAGAAGGACAGGUGAACCCUGCAGCUAGGGAGUCCUCAAUGUAGGUCUCCAUAGCCUUGGUCUCCAGACCCGACAGAGUACAGUCGUCCCCGGGGUGGAGUGGUGCCUGCGAGAAGGUCGAUCCCGAAGUCAUAGGGUCGGUGCGGCGGAAGUGAAGUGGCCUGGGCCUCACUGAACACCUCCCGGAGGUCCUGGUACUCCGCGGGAAUGGCGGAGGUCCGGGGAAACUUCCGAGCCCCCAGGAAUACGUCCCGGGGCAGGCUGCGCUGACGUCAGGCAAUGAGUGUGGUAGAACGUUCUCCAGCCCAUGAUGGCACCAGCAGACUAGUCAAUAAGGAGGUUGUGUCGCUGGAGCCAAGAGAAUCCAGAUACCACGGGAACCUGAGGAGACUUAAUAAGCAGGAAUUGGAUCAUCUCGCUGUGGUUCCCUGACACACGUAGGUUGAUGGGGAUGGUAUUGUGAAACGCAAAACGGAUGCUUCACAUUUAUACACCCGGUGAAAUAUCUGUCUCGUUGUUCUGUGUUACUACACUCCAAUGUCUUUGGAUUUUUCGACAGCCGCGCGCUAAACGGGUGCUGAAUCACAGAUUCAAACGGCUAGCAUACGUCAGCUAACGACUGAAAAUACAAUUUAAAUAAUUUAAGGAAUGUAAUACAUUUUAUUUAUCAGUGGGCGGAGAACAAACCCCUCUUCACAUUGUUUAAGAUAGAAGUGAAAUAUUAUUUUGUAAUGAUCAGUAAGUGUAAAAACAAAAAAGCAAUACGUACCAUAAAACUUUUUGACAAAUUGAAUAUAUAUAUAUCGAUAUGUAAUACCGCUGUCUGUUAGGUUUAUGUACUCUUGUUUGUAUAUUUCUGUACUCUUGUUUGUAUAUUUCUGUUUUGUAUUUGUUUUAUUCAUAAUUUAAAAAAUGAUGGACUACGGUGUCGCUCCGAGGACAAAGCACUGAUAAACGAGUUGUCACUAGUUACUACAGCCACAAAGUCAAAAAAUUUGUCUUUUGGUCCUAAUUUAAGGUUAGGGUUGGAAUAACGUUAGCAGUGUGGCUAAGGUUAGGUUUAAAAGCAGAGUUUAAGAAGAGAAAUUUGACAUAAUUACGACUUUGUGGAUGUGGUAACUAGUGACGACCAGAAUAACGGGUGCUAUAAUACAUCACCUCAUCUGAUAGUCUCAGUGGCAGCGUUGCAAGAGUUGUAAUUUCUAUUUUCUGGCCACUUGAGGGAGUCAUUUAUCAAAAAAGAACAUGGGUGCACUGGGGACACCCGGAACCUCAGCCGCCCAGAACUGAAUUGAGUACACCCAUUGGAUGGGCUGUUUCAUUUUCCCAUAAGUUUGUCUAGAAAUAAUAAGAUGUUUGCAUGGCAAAAUGUAGCCCAUCACAGCAAUAGAAUAAAUGAAAAUUGGGAUUUCAAUAUAACAUUCCAUUAUAUUCUAUUUUGGAAUGAAAUUGAGGAAUAACUGGAACCGCCUUUAUAGCAAUUCAACGUCUAUUCCACGUUGGUUCAACAUCAACAAAUGUUGAUUCAACAAGUGUGUGUCCAGUGGGUAGCCUCAUAGUUAAUUAGGCUAUUACUCCAGACAUUAGGCUAUUACUCCACGACUUUCUUUUUGUGAUGUGUGUUUUGUCCUAUAUUGUUAUUUAUUUUUAAUUCCAAACCCUGUCCCCGCCGGAGGCCUUUUGCCUUUUGGUAGGCCGUCAUUGUAAAUAAGAAGUUGUUCUUAACUGACUUGCCCUGUUAAAUAAAGGUUCAAUUAAAUUAAAUAAACAGUAUGAACCAGGGCCGCAACUUUCACUGGGGGUGGGGGGACAUGUCCCCUUCACAUUCUGAAAUGUACUUUUUUAUCCCCCCCAGUUGUAUAAUUGGAAUGUGAUACAAAACGAGGCAACGGUGUUCAUUCGACUUGAUUAAAAAAUAAAAUAAUAAUUAUGUCCCCCCACUUCUAAAACCAAAGUUGCGCCCAUGAUAUUAACAUAUGACCAAUAGACCGUAGCCUAUAAUGUUGCGUUAUGCUCAGUGCAGAAUGCAUGAUGUGCAAAGCCCAUAAUUUGCCACAGUGCGCGCGCGAAAGAUGGGCGGGGUAUGCUUACAUUUCUUGUCCGGUUUAAAUCAAGCAAUGUGACAGCACACACUUGACCGACCGACCGAAGGAUGAACUGAAGUGCGCUGGUCUCUCCUUCCUUCUGUCAGUCACUUCUACAGAAAAUUCUGGAAAUUCUGUUAUAACUCAUUCCGUUUAUUUUGUUGGACUCAACAAAUAAUAAUAGACUGUAUUAAUUAAUUAAGGACAAUUCUUCAUUUUAUGCACUAGGCUAUAUAUUAAGAAAAACGGAAAAGAAAUGAACAGCAGAGAUGUUGACAGUCCGGUGCCAAGACAGGCGCACAUGGGACAAAGACAGCCCAAGGCGCAACAGGGUGUCAGCAUGAAGAAAAAGCGAACCCCAUCGAAUGCGCCGCCCAAACAUGCCCCAGGCUCAUCCAGGUCAACAGGGAAUGUCCGGCGCAUCAUGGACAAAGGGAAAGAGAUUAAACUGGAGAAAGGGAAGCGCACAGGAAGGGGCGCACCAUCCGUUACCGAGUGCCAAAAAAAUCUAAGCACACCGAGAAAACGAUAUGAAGCUAGCAAUGCUUCGAAGGAUUUGAGCAAGGAUUCAGGUUGUGUGUCAGGGAAGCUAUCCUACUCGGACAGAAGUUCUGACUGGACGGAGGGAUUUCUGACUGCAUCGGCGGGAAACCAACUUUCUGCGGACACUCCGUCUCCAAGCUGCGAGACUGGCCCAAGUGGUGGAGAAAGACAGGCAAAUAGAGACAGGUCGAGUGGGAAUGCACAAAUCAGUAUACGCGAUAUGAGUACUGGAGGCAGCGCAUUCAAACGUCUAGGCCUAUUACAGGACAAUUCUAUCAUGCAUUCUGUCGGGGAUGGAAACUAUUCUCCUGGAUGCGGAGGGUCCGUUUUUGCUUCCCUUCUCUCGCUGAAUGUCAGCGGAGCAUCCAUAGUUUAUUCAGAACCGACCCGGGAGCUCGUGGACGAGACGCACGAGGAUCUUGUCAGAGAAAACGACGAUUUGAGAUCGGAAAAUGAGUAUUUGAAAGAUGAGAUGGAGGAGAUGCGCUGUGAGAUGCUGGAGAUGCGGGAUCUGUUCCUGGAGGAUGAGGUGUGUCAGCUUCAGGAGCUGCGGCUGCAGCUGGAGCAGGCCAACAAGUUGUGUCGCAUCCUGCAGUACCGCCUCCGCAAGGCCGAGCGCCGCAGCCUCAGGGUGGCCCAGACUGGCCAGGUGGAAGGGGAACUGGUCCGCUCCCUGGAGCAUGACGUCAAGGUAGCAAAGAGUGUAUCCCUCCGCCUGCACAAUGAGUUGGAGUCCGUGCAACAGAAGAACUCCCGGCUGGAGUGGGAGAACGAGGCGCUUCGGGAGAGGCAACAGGAGCUGGAGGUGGCAAAGCAAGUUCAACAGGACGAGAUGGAGAAAGCCAGAGAAAGUUCUCUGAAGAGGAAAAAUGUCAGAUCACCAACCAGCAAGACUGAGAAGAAGCUGUCUCCCCAGGAUGACAGUGCUGAUCUGAAGUGCCAGCUUCACUUUGCCAAGGAGGAAUCAACUCUCAUGUGCAAGAAGCUGACCAAGAUGGUGUCGGAAAGUGAGUGCAUGCGUGAGGUUCUGUCAAAGUACCGCUCGGCCUAUGGAGACGUAGAUGCUGCUGCCCACUCCUCUGAGGGUGGUACUGCCAAGUCCCCCCACACCAGGGAGGCAGAGGUCAAGGUUCACCUGCGGCUGGUGGAGGAGGAAGCGACGCUGCUGAGCCACCGUAUUGUAGAGCUGGAGGUGGAGAACCAUGGCCUCCGGGCGGAGAUGAGCGACAUGAGGGAGAGAGUAUUAGGAGGAGGAGGAGAGGAGGAAGAGGAGCAGCCACAGAAGGGGGCCAGGGACAAUGGGGAUCUACCACCGCUUUAUGUGAGGGAUGUAGAGGAUUGUCAACAGAGCUUGAGGAUGGAGUGUAUGCAGUUUGAGCAGGAGAAGAGGGAAGAACAGAGAAGGAGUGUGAUUGAGUGUUCUCAGGAGGAGGUGAUGGAAAUACAGCGUAGAGACCAACCUCAGACGGAGAGAUUGAGUCCCCUCAGUCAGAUCCCUCUCGAGGGAUCUGUAGGUGGGGAAUGGGAGCCCCUGGACAACCAGCAGAGUUAUACACGCAGAGACAGUGUUGCCCAUGCCUUGAAUGUGAAAGACCAUGAGGCCCUCCUUGCCUUGCGAGAUCAUGUCUGCCUUGUGACCUCAGCUAUCCAGCUUUUUGUCUCACUGGCCAAGAAUGGCUACAGCUCCCCUCCCUUAUCUCCCCACAUCGCCCGGGCAAAGUCUUACCCUCAGGGUAAAGCCCAUCCUCUGGCUCUGGACCCACUCAUGCAAGAACACCUGUAUGAGGCUCUGGAGCUUCUGCAGGCAAUGCUGUUAGCCUUAAUGGGGAGGGUGGAGUUAUUGGUGACACAAGGAGGAGAGUUGAGGGUUGAAGGAAAUUGGGAUCCCACCGCAAUCCCAUCCCUGGCUGAUCAGGACACACAAAACAACACAGAGGUCUCAGCCAAGAAGGAAACAGGUGAAGGCCUGCGCACAGCAGUGGUGAAGGAGAGAGUAAGACGAGCAACACAGUCAGACCACCUCGACAGCUGCAGGGACCCCAUGAUGAAGCUCACUUUGAAGGUGCUCUGGGUCCUCCACCAGCGCGGUGUGAGGAAGAGAUCUGGCCUGGAGGGCAAAGAGAGCAGAGAUCUUACGACUAUGUCUAUACUACACGGGUUGCUGCAGUACUUGGGCACAGAGCUGCAGGACUCAGAGGACAGCAUGGCAGGACAGGAUGCGAAGGCCACAUGGGCAUCAGACUGGAAAGGUUUAGUCUCCAAGAUGGAGUGCAGCACAUGUAAGACUGAUGCACAUGAGUAUCCAGACCAGCCAGGCCAUCCUAGAGGCAUACAGAGAGAAAUAACUGAGACAAGAAAUAAGACCAAACCAGACCGCUCUACAUUAGGGUCCAAGAAGAAGAACUGGUGUUACCUCAGCCAAGAGACUGCCCAGCUAGACCGAGAAGACCCCUUUAAGACCUGGGACCACCCCAUCAUGCCUCCUAGCUUCCCUAAUCUAAACUUGGACCAGUUGACCCUGGACAGUAGCCGCACUGCCCCAGAGAAGACUGUCCUCCGCAUCUACUACAGUCCCCCGUCUGCACGGAGAGUCCAUCUAGCUCAUCUGAGGCACAUUACCAACACUGAUAGAAAUUCUACUACCAGUGUAAUCUCUGCCAGGCUUAGUACGUCCCAAAGCUCUCUCACUCCCUUAUGUCUGAGGCUCUCCGCUAACUUGAGCGACGACAUGAAGGAGAUGACAGCUAGCUUACGACAGCCAGUUCACUCCAGUUCGCCGGAGAGGAGGAAGGGGAGGGUGAUCGUGAGUGGGGGAUGGACAGUGGACGUGGCCACCACAGGGACUCAGACCCAGAUGCACCCACAGAUGGUGAGUGUGGGUCUACAGACGGAUGGGCCCUACAGUGUAAGUGCAGUGAGAGGCAACCCUUUACGCCUCUCUACCCGCACUCAACAGAUCUCGACUUCCCUUGAGAGGCUCCCAGGGAGAACCGAGAGGUCCAAGUCAGGCUCCACCUCCCCAAAAAUGUACCGCAGAUACUCUGCCUCUGCUUCAUCUUCAUCGUCCAUCUCCCCUUCCUCCACAACUGGUUUCACCACCACCUCCAACUCCUCCACCUCCUCUGCCACUCCUGGCAGGGAGGGUGUUUUGUGGAGCCUUUCCCAUCGGGGUCCUGCUGGGCCAACCUGGGCCCGCCCCAUCAAUCCCAGAGCUGGUCCAAGGCUUAUUCACCAUAGCACAAUAAACAGUGAAUUGAGCAGUGGAGGGAACAACACUAAACCCACCAGAAAACCUGGUGGUGCCAACCGGUACGGCCUAGUCACAGAGUUCCUGCGCAAAAUGAGUGGUCGAGCAGACAAGCCAGCACAAGCAACAGCACCGUGCGGGGGGCAGAAGGGGAAAUGCAGUCCAACUCAUAAAACCCUGGAGGUUGUGCCCACUCGCCCCCCUGCUGCACCAGUACACAGGAACGACAGUGUCGCCAGGAUUGGGAACCAGAGGUUCAUGAAGCAGAGAGAGGAAGCGUGCCGCGGCCAGAAGGAGGAUAACUGCCCCAGUCAGGCCCACAGUCAGAACCAGGCUCUCAGAAGAGACCUGAGCCGGGAGAGUAAAUUGACACUGGAGGAUGGGAACUAUGACUGUAGCAGUUCCAAGUCCUUGUCCUUCUGCUUUGCCCGAUCAUCUCGCCUUGGCCCUGACCAAGCUACAGCAUAAUAGAUAUUCCUCCGCUGUAAACGGUUGUGGGUCAGGAGAGCCCAACUCCAACUGUGAAUAAGGGGGUGGAGCAGUAUCACAUUGACACCACUGGACAGCUGAUAAAGAUUACAAGGGACAUGGAGAAUCCAAGGCCUGUGUUCUGGAAUUCUGCUUUCAGUCAUCAGGAUGAAUGGAUAGAGGGAAGUACUUCAGAACCCAUUAUGAUAGGGGGUAUAGUUAUUUGAGAUACAUACAUGCCUAUUAUCUGCCUGUAGCAUGUCCUUUUUGAAAGAGAAGGAGUUAUGUAAGAAAUUCUGUGCUAGAUCAUCUUUUUUCUUCUUUCAGUUCAGCCCAUGGCACUUCACCCUUUUACAAUAUGCAACAACCUUUUUGGACACACCAAGGCACUUACAAUUGCCAGUACUCAUUGAUUUUGUAUUAUCUUAUAGAACUAAAUAAUAUUUUGUAAAUCUGUAAGAAUAUUGUCGGAAUGAAUAAACUACUAUAUUAUGCAA